ACUUGUAGUUGGCUCGUGGAAUACAGUUGGCUUGAACUGAAGGCUGGCAGAAGAGGUACCUCUUCUGUGGCCAGGGAGAGCUAACUUUGUUCUCCUUUUAGAAGCAAGGAACUGUACAUUAGAGGAUGGCUUGUAUCUGGAUGGGCGAUCUGGAAUCGUACAUGGAUGAAAGUUUUAUCAAACGGGCCUUUGCUACAAUGGGUGUGAUGACAUUAAGCAUAAAAGUAAUUUCCAACAAAAUUUCAGGGGGUCCUGCUGGGUACUGCUUUGUGGAGUUGACAGAUGCAGCUACUGCUGAGCGUUGCUUACUUCGACUGAAUGGAAAAUUUGUACCAGGGUCUAACCCACCAAAAAAGUUCAAAUUAAACCAUGCUAAUCAUACGAAGAAGCCUGAAGUGAGUACCAAGCCAAAGUCUGAAGAGGCGGUGACUCCAGCAACUUAUGAUGUAGCUCAGUAUUAUCAGCAGUAUAUGAACUAUUGUGCCCAGUGGGGAUAUGACCCUUACAGUGGCUACAGCUAUGCAUAUCCUGCAUAUGGAUCUCUCCCCACAGCAUCAUCUGCAUCUACAGCUAAUGUCACAGAAAAUCAAACCACUUCAGAGGCAGUAUCUACAUCAGCAUCAUCAACAGCAUAUGCGUAUGAAGAUAAUACAUUAGAAGAUCCUGAUGUCUUUGUGGAUGCAGAAGAAACAAACAGAAAAUUUAUUGCAAAAAGUGAAGAACUCUAUGAUUCACUCAUAAGCUGCCACUGGCAGCCAUUAGAUUCUGCAACAUCUAAAAUUCCAGCUAAAGUUUAAAGAACAAUUUCACAUGAAAAAUUUCAGAAGAGCAUUUUAUUUUCCUGUGAAAUGUUUGUCAUGUAGACACUUUCAUUCAGAGAGGAAUUUCUAGGUGCUUGGUAAGAAGUUUAAAGAUACUUUGCAGCUGCUACUGUCUAUGCAUCUUCACUAAAUAUUCAAUGCUGCAAGCCUGGCAUUCACAUCUGGAGGAGUAAUUUUUUCUGCGCAUAUUAUUUGAAAUUAUCAGUUGUGUUUGGAGAGGCUGUUCUCUGUAGGUUUCGUAUAACAGGACUUGCAUUAAUGCCAGUACACCUGAAGUGUCAGUCAGCUUAUGGUCACCACUUUUCAUCUGAAUAGCAAACUUAGAAGUGGUGUCACUGUGUGCCUCAGUUGUCUGCAUGAUACACUGAAAAAAACUUAUUUUUUAUGUCUUCUUCUCCUUCCAAUGCAGUGGAACUUAAAACAGUAUAACUGUGGUGGAUGAAGGAGCAGAUCAUUUCUUAUAGAUCUUGGACUUAUGUCUUUUAAAUCAUCUUCCGUGAUGGAAUCUUGCCUUGUACCAUAGGCUACAGAACUGAAGUGCUGCCUGACAAACUGUCUUAAUUUCAUUUUGAUAGUGUUUGCACAUGGAUCCAGAAUAAAAAAUAUCCACAGUUACAGUAAAAAUGAGACAAUUAUCUGGACUUUGUUAUAAAUAAAAAAGUAUAAUAUUUUUGGUCUGAAAGGAUGCGGUCACAGUGUGACUGAAAUUCUCAUUUCUGUCUUAAUUUCUGUAUAAAAUUGUAUCCAACACUGGU